AGAAGAAUGACGAUCUUGUAUGCGCUGGUUGCGCGAGGAUCUGUGGUUUUGGCUGAGUUCAGUUCAACGUCGACGAAUGCGAGUGCAAUUGCUCGACAGAUAUUGGAGAAGAUUCCUGCCAACAACGACAGCCAUGUUUCCUACUCUCAGGAUCGUUAUAUUUUUCAUGUUAAGAGUACCGAUGGCCUCACCGUUUUAUGCAUGGCCGACGACACCACAGGAAGGAGAAUUCCUUUUGCAUUUUUGGAAGAUAUUCAUCAAAGAUUUGUGAAGACUUAUGGCCGUGCUGUUCAUACAGCUCAAGCUUAUGCUAUGAAUGAUGAGUUCUCAAGAGUUUUGAGCCAACAAAUGGACUACUAUAACAAUGAUCCUAAUGCAGAUCAGAUAAACCGGUUGAAAGGUGAAAUGAGCCAGGUGCGCAAUGUCAUGAUAGAGAAUAUUGAUAAAGUUUUAGAGAGGGGAGACCGCUUGGAACUGCUGGUUGAUAAGACUGCUCAUAUGCAAGGAAACACAUUUCGUUUCAGAAAGCAAGCACGCCGUUUCAAGAACACUGUGUGGUGGAGAAAUGUCAAGCUCACGGUUGCAUUGAUAAUCCUCCUCUUGAUCAUUGUAUAUAUUGUUGUUGCAAUUGUUUGCCACGGGCCUACAUUGCCUUCCUGCCUGAAGUGAAAAGGUUUGAUUGGCAUUUGAUAACGGUUGCUUGAAGAUGGAUGUCAUCAUUUUUCAUGUUCCUCUGUUGCUUCAAGUUUUAUGGCUGUAGUUUGACAUAUUUGGAAGGUCUUUUCUCUUGUGGAGUCUUCAGCUGAUUGUGUGCUUUUCAGAAGAUCCACAACCUAACGGCUAGAAUGGCUUAUAGGAGUUGGAGAAUACUGAUGUUUUGGUGAAGUUUGGCUUGUCUGACGGUUAAUGUGUAGGAGCAUCCAAGUACUGCAGUUUUGGCACCAUGAUUCGUUCCACAAUCAGUGGAAUGGUCUGUUGUUAAUGUGAACAUAUUGUUUCCCUGGUCUAUUCAGCUGGACUUAUUGAAUGGAAGCAUGCAAAUAUAUAAUAUAAUUACAUUUCU